AUGGACAUCAAGUCAUUGCUGGACUUGUCGUGUGCCAAGGUAGCCUGCAUGAUCAAGGGCAAAACACCUGAGGAUAUCCGUGCCACGUUCGGUAUCACGGAGGAGUUUACGGAGGAGGAGCAGCAGAGGAUCCUCGAGGAGAACAAAUGGUGCGAAGACGUCUAA